AUGCGCGCUCGCCGUGUCUGGCUCUUGGGUUCUGCUUUUUUCACGCUCGCGAGCGCCUUCAGUUUCACCGACAGCCCGAGCACUCAAUGUGGCGAUCUUAGUGUACAAUGGACAGGUGGAACCGCGCCAUUUACGCUGAUGCUCAUUCCUAUAUUUGGAACGGCACGGAACGUCUCGAUACCAGCUGCAGCUUUUAGCAAUGGGGCAGGAACAUUCAAGACGCAGCUACCGUUCGUGGCAGCCGGGCAAUAUCUGCUAACGAUGUCUGACGCCACGGGAUUCGGCACUGGAGGCUACUCACCUUUGAGAACCGUCGGCGCUGCGGCAGGGGGAGCCACCUGCAAUACCGUGGAUCCAGGCGUUGCUUUCAGCUUUGAGCUCAACCUUGCUCUCCAGCAAUGCAGGCCGUACACAUUCAGUGGUUACGACAGAGCUAUUCAACCAGUAACUGCGAUUGGGAUUGUGCCUGGAGGCACGGCGGUCAUUCUCAGACCGCAAGCAGGCCCCACAUCCUUCGACUGGACGGCAAGCGUUCGUAGUGGGACAUCCAUGGUGUUCAUGAUGAUUGAUGCAGCUGGCAGACAAGGCGGGGCUUCGGACGUUAAAACGGUCGGAAUAACUGACGAUGCAACUUGUCUGAAUGCGAAUUCCCCCGCAUCAACGACCACAUCCGCGACAGCCACCUCCACUUCCGCUACCUCCACCCCCGCCACGAGGAAACCUGCAUCGGCCACUAAAACUUCUGCCGCACCGACUGCAACAACUUCUGCUGCAUCUGCUCCUGCUGAAGGCGGAUUUUCAAUCGCAGCUAUCGCCGGGACAGUGAUAGGCGCCCUCAUCUUUCUCGCUGUCGCAGUUACCCUGGGUCUCUUCCUCCUGAGAAGAAGCCGGUUCGCAUCUGGCGGUCCUAGUCGCCGCCAAUCUCAGAGACUACAGUCACAAAUAGACCUCACAGACUCGAAUACGAGUUACCAUCCAUAUAGAGAUAAUCACACUCCUGGGUCGUCUCCCUUCCUCCCAUCUGACGCGCAAUACGCCCCUACUCCUUAUACGCUUUCUCAACCGCAGCAAUCACAACCUCAUCUAUAUGGCUCACAGGCCGAUAUACCACAUUCGUUCGGGCACCAGUCACAAGCGGGAUACGUCCCUCCACCUCCAAAUCCCUACACUCAGACCCCUUACCAACCGCCUUACACCGAUUAUUCUCAACCAGCUACUCCCGACAUCUACAGACAACCAGUCGCAGGACUCGUUCCAGGAGCUGGUGUGGCAGCGGGAGUAGCGGCAGGCGCUGCUGUUUAUGGUCAUCGACCAGGUCUCCCUUCACUAUCUCUCACAGAGGGCACAUCUGCCGAGCAGUCCAGCCGCCAGUCCAUGGCUUCCACUACUCUUACGGCUGCACAACGAAAAGCAGCAAUGGCCGGCGAAUCAAAUUACAAGCCGCCAUCUCGAUUUAUCCUACAUACUGACAUAGAAGAUGACCUUCCACCUCCGAAUGAUGAUGGCAUCGUGGAACUGCCGCCUCAGUAUACUGAGCGCCGCAUGCCUAUCACAGAUCCCCUGCAAGCGGCUCUGCCAUCCUCUCCACCCCCUACAAACCCGCCAUCAGCUCCUCGAACGUAUCCACCAUCAUAA